UAUCAACCAAAUCUAUUGCAGGUGUAUUGUUUGGAGCACAGAAGCUACAUUAAACAUCAGUGUACAAAAGCUGACAAGCGAGAUGUCACUGUAGUUAUAUGUCCACUUUGCGCCAAAGGAGUUCGCCUAGUUCCUGAUCAAGAUCCAAACAUAACUUGGGAGAAUCAUGUCAACACUGAGUGCGACCCAUCAAACUAUGAGAAAGUCACGAAGAAGAAGAAAUGCCCUGUCCCUGGAUGCAGAGAGAUAUUAGUAUUCUCAAACACAAUUAAGUGCAGGGACUGCACAGUAGACCAUUGUUUAAAGCAUCGGUAUGGACCCGAUCAUAAAUGUCCUGGUCCCAAAAAUUUGCAAACUAGUUUUUCAUUUAUGAAUAUUUUGAAUGGGAGUAAGGAGGGGUCCAAACCCAAGUCAAGUUCAAGUGCAUCAUCUAAAUGGACUACAAGCUUUCUUAAUACGGCAUCUAACAUUCGAGCUUCAGCUGAGGCUGGCGUAUCAAAGUUGAGUGGUGAAGUUAACCAAGCCUGGCAGACAGCAAGAGGAGCGGUUGGACAGAGCCAUAAUGGUGGUCAAGUGGAGCAAUGUCCUCAGUGUAGUGCCAAGUUUUCCUCGGUUACUACAUUGGUGGAUCAUGUGCAAAAUUUUCAUGAAAGGAGUGGCAACCGAUCUGGAGCAAAGGUUACAAUUGAUGUUUGUCCAAAGUGUAGUAGAGGAUUUCGAGAUCCUGUGUCGCUUGUGGAGCAUGUUGAGAGGGAUCAUGGUGGGAGUUCUAGAGCAUAGGUAUGUUGAUAUUGAUUAUUGAAUGAAUUUUAAGUUGAAGGAAUUUCAUAUCUUUUGCAAGAAAUGGCAUGGAUGAAUAUAGCAACCGAAUUUAAUUGGAAUACAUUGAAUGUAAACAUUGUCAUUGAAUCAUGGUUUAGCAUGGGAUUAAAAAUUGUUGGUUUUUGUGAUAAUUUCUUCAAAACUUAUAUUUAAGUUGACUUUUAGUGGUUAAUAUUAUA